AACGAUCGUCAAGUAUCAAUAAAAUAAAAAGUGGGAGUAAUAGAGAUAGAUCUAAGAACACUGAAAAAUAGCCAGGAGAUACGAAUGACACUUAAGUGAAUGUAUCAUCAAUGAAAGUAGACGUGAUUUUUAUUGGUAGUUACUUCUUUCUUUUCACUUUUAUAAUUGUUAUUUGAAAAUAUUUGUUGCGGACCACAUCUUCGUUGUUGCAGUAUACUUUUUCAACAACCGAAAUUACUGUCGAUUAAUUGCAUCGUAACGCCAUUGCGGAAUGAAAUAUUUCUAUGGAGAUGAUCUAAUCAGGUAAAUCACAUUUACCUCAGCCAAUGAACGAAAAAGAUUGUAUGGUUGGGGUCGCCGUCUAGUUUAAAAUUGGAUUAGGGGGUCGAGGAGCUAAAAAGGUUGAGAACCGCUGGUCUAGUCUAUAUAGAAUUAUAGAUCUAGAUUCUAGAUCUAGCUCUUUAUCUCCCAAGCGACGAUAAUAGCGUCGGUCAUUUUUGUAAAAGCCGAUUAAGCGUCAACAUUGUCGUCGGUGCAGUUAAACAUCUUUGUUUCGUUCCUAUUCUUGGUUAAUAAUUUUAAAUGCUUAUAUUCUAAAUCUACGUGAUUUCCGCUUGCAGAAGAGUUCACGGUUUACUUCCUUCAACGUGGGUUUAAUAUUACAGAAAGUCGUCUUUUUUUUUGUUGUUGUUUAUGUUUGGAAAUGGGUCGAUCCUCUAAAACUUGUAGAUCUAAAUUAUAUUCAGAUCAACAUGUAAAAGACCUUAUUGAUUCAGAUAACAGUGAUUUGUUUUAACUGUUCAUUGUGAUAGUUUUACUAGUUUUAGUUUUAGUGUCAGUCACUCAGUGUUACUAAUGACUCUUAAUGAGUAAUAGUAAAUAGUUAAUACUUAAAUUAAUAGUCUAAUAACUGGUGACUGGUCUAAUACUUAUACUUAUACUACUAACUUAGUCUUAGUAACUAGUAGUACUGUUAGAUCUAGAUUAUUCUAGAUCUAGAUUUUAGAUCUGAAUCUGAUAGUUCAUAAGCUGAUGAACCUGCCACGACCCUCCUAAAAACUACUAAACUAGACGUAUUAGCCUUAGCGCAAAGACCGCAAAGAAUACAUCUAGAUUUCUAGAUUCUGGCCUGUUUCAACAAAUUUGAAAAAUGCAGAGAUACGUACUAAAACAGAAAGCAAUUUUACAUACAGUAACAUAUAUUCCUUCCAAUAAGUUGAAUAAGAUUAUAAGUCUAGAUUAGUCUAGAUCUACUAAUCUACUUCAGCCAAUGUGGUAUAUAGAGGUGUCAACAUGAGCUUACUCGAUUCUGAGUCAACUGAGCUUUACUCUACUAGAUCUGAUAAUCUUGUUGAUGCAAUAAAGAGUUAUGCAGUCUACAUAAUAAAAAUAAACACUCCAGUACGCAGGGCAUCCAUUUUUACAAAAUGGAAACCAGUUUCUAACUAUGAAAUUGAUACAUUUCUGGCCACGACUACAAUGAUGGGAUUAGACUUGUCGUUACGUCCCACACAUCCAUAUGGAUUAAUUUUAUUGCCACAGUUAAAACAUGGAAGUUGUUUUUUGUUCAGGCAAAUAUUAUAUAAAUAGCAAUGAAUUACUUUUUGAAAGAUAUCAUGUCAGUCAUGUGCAGUGUAAUAAUUUUCUUACUGAAACUUAAUGUUGCAAGUUGUUUGUUUUUUUCUCAUAAAUUUUCUAUGGUGGUGACCUUGGAUAAUGUGCUCCAGUUUUGUACUCCAUGAGUUUUUUGUUGUUUUAGUGGUUCAAUUUCAUGAAAAUAUGAAUAAGGAUUAUAAAACAAUAGCAUUUAAUUCAGUUUGAAAUAGAAAUGAUCUUCUUAUGUGACUUGGAUUAAAUUUUUUGUCGUCCAAUGAUGCCCAAGAUGAAAGAUGUCUUAAUUAAGGACAAUUUAUUUUUCAAACCUGAAACCUAAAAACCAAAAUAUAAAUACUCGGAAUCAGAAUCCUAUGCAACUUGAGCAAAGAUUUAACAUAGUAAAAGUAGAUCUGAAUAAGACUGAUUUGGUUGUGUUUGUCAGGGUAUUUACUAUCCACCUCUUGUGAAAACAUUGGCUACUGUCAAGGUUUACAUUGAAUCUCUACCACUUUUAGAUGAGCCAGAAAUGUUUGGGCUCCAUGAGAAUGCAAACAUAGCCUUUCAGUUGAAUGAAACCAAUGCUUUACUUGGUCUUAUGGUGUUGUCUUAUGGGAACUGUUGACAGAAGAAGUACCCUACAAAGAUGUGGAUUCUUCUGCUAUCAUCUGGGGAGUGGGAAGCAAUAUCCUUCACCUUCCUGUUCCAGGCACUUGCCCAGAGGGCUUUAAAUUGCUGAUGAGGCAGUGCUGGUAUUUUAUGCCUCAUGGUAUUACAGCGGACCAUCAAGGAAAUAUUUAGUUAACAGAUGUAGCAAUGCAUCAGGUUUUUAAAAUACCACCAGGUCAGACUGUACCAAAAAUGACACUAGGACAGAAGUUCCAACAUGGUGAAGUUACAAAUCUUUUUUGUAAACCUACUGAUGUAGCUGUUCUUAUGUCUGGAGAGUUUUUUGUAUCUGAUGGGUACUGUAAUAGCAGAGUUCUGAAAUUUUCCAAAGAUGGAACUUUUUUGAUGUCCUUUGGGAAAAGGAAUGUUCAGUUUGGUGCAGGAGGUUUACUGUAUGCUGUGAAUGGUCCUGCUUUUGAUGGCCCCAUUGAUACAACUGUCCAGGGUUUCACAUCAGACAUAAAUACUGGAUAUUUGUUGGAAAUGUGGAAUGUACCAGAUAACAUGCGAAACCCACAUUAUGUAGCAGCAGAUCCAGUAACACAUAGCAUCUAUGUAGGGGAAUUGGACCCUGAAAGUGUUUGGAAGUUUAGCAGACCUGUUACAGUACAGUCAAGUUCACAGCAUAACAAAGUUGAGGAAAGUACUCAGAGCCAGUUACUGUCAGCAAUCCAUUGGACCAGAGUGAAACCAAUACCACAGAGUUGUCUGAGGCUAUCAAAGAUAGCAGUGAUGUCUCUCCCUCUGUCAUCAAUUGGCAUCUUACUUGUGGAAAAUUUAAAUGUUAUGGACAUGGAAAGAAGGGAAAGGUUUUUAACCUUAAAGGCUUUACUUGGAAUUCUCAUAAAGGCUUUGAUAGACUUAGUACUGAGGAAAGUGAUCAUGAGGUUGACCAAGAUGAUUUAGAUGAUAAAGACUAUUUGACACCUCCCAAGACGAAUAAAGCAUAGCCUCAAGUUCAAGGCUGACUAAAUUGUGUAAAUUAAUCUUUUUUUUUCUUUGUUAUUAGUUGUUCAUAUCAUAAUAUUCUGCCAUUACAGUCAGGGUUUAAACUUGUUUACAAGUUGAAUCUGAUACCAACUAAAUCUCAUAAACACAUAAUUAACCAUAGACCCACCUCAUGUAAAAAAAAAUGUUUUACAUAUUUCGGAUGUUCUUUCAGAGUUGAAGAUAGUUUACUUCCUAGUCCAAAUCUCCCGCAGGACGACGGGGGAUGGGAGCGGGCAGGGUUUGAACCCGGGACCAUCGAUAAAUCCAAACGACAGUCCAGCGUGCAAACCGCACGACCAGGCAGCCAUAUUACAUGUUAUUAGUUGUAAGUUGUAUUACAAUAACUAAGUGAUUUUGAGCUCAUAAAAUUUCAAAAUAAAAUUAUAAAAUGCUUUUGUCAUUCUAAAAAAGAAAAAAAGAUUACUAUGUUGGAUUUUUUUUGGAUAGCAAAGGCUAUUUGACCUUUUUAUUUCAAUAUGUGAUAUCAAAAUUUUUAAUUCAUUAAUUUGUUCAAUAUUUGUCGAAAGUUUGCUUUUGAAUAAAAUAUUUAUCAGCAUUAUUAUCAUUUACUAAGUAUAUUUUGUUUUUUAAUUUUAUGAAUGAUUUGAUGUUAUAAUGCCAGGUCAUUUACAAAGCACACGCCUGCCAACUUUCUUUUUGCAAUGAUUCUCAAAACUUAAUUAGCUACCAAAUGAUUGUUUGCUCACUUGGUUGUGAUGAUUCAACAUUCCUGUUAUGUUCCACCAUUUCCUUCUUCAAUUCUAAAGCUGGCUUUAUUUCAUCUAGUGAACGUACCAUUAGUGUUAGUGACCCUGGCAAACUAGCCAUUUUAUGCACAAUUUUAAAAUGUUCAUAUGGAUAAUAUGGUUAGUUUUUUUAUAGCAUUUUUGACUACAUGGAGUUCCAGACAACUUUCCAUGUUGCUGGUCCCUUUCUCAUGUCAUUAUUAAAUCUUAUUUAAAAAACAAAAAAAAACUUGUUAGAUGGUAACAUUGUCCAAAUUGUUACUAGUUUUAUGUAAUGUGUUUGAAAACUAUGACUUCCUUAGAUUGACUACUAUUUAUGCCAUAUUACAAUGUUUAUUUGUUAAUUCAAUUGUUUAGUCAAAUGUUUGUUUUCCAAAGUGUUACUAUUUGGUGCAAUCAAAAUAUUUAGUGGCAUUUUACAUACAAACACUGGUAGUUGAAAUCAGUAGCACAUUUUAGCUAAUUUCUGAUGAAUCAAAAUAAAAAUGUAAUGAUAUAAAAAUAAUUUUAAAUUUAAAAACCUAUUUGAAAAAAAUUGUAUUUUUUGUAAAUAUAGUUACAGUUAUAUUGAAUAGAAUUAUUUAUGUUAGCAACUUUUGAAUGCAUCACAUAAUUUUAAUUUGACACAGAAACUGAAAAUCAUUUCAAUUAAAGAUUGUUGACUGUUGUUUCACCUCAGAUGAAUUGAUUACAUUUUAAGAGGUUAUCAGAUAUUUAUAUUUAUGACAUACAAUCUUUUUGUUAUGUUAUGAGUUGUUUUUGUUUUUAUUUUCUACAUGUUCAGGGUAUAAAGUUCUAGUGCAUACAUACGUAGAUUUCAACCCACAUUUUUUUAGUUCUUACUUAUGUAUUUACAUACAUGUACUAAGAACUAAUAUGAAAUUACAACUUAAUCAUUUUUUGUGUGAUUUUUAUGUAUUCGAACCAAUUUUUAUUUUAAAUUAGCACAAGUUAAAUCUGUUGAUCAGAAUUUUUUUCCUUGGUAAUAGUUAUAUUUAUACUCAAACCCAUUUGAUGUUACUUCUGCAAAGAUUUAUAGACACUCAGAGGAAAUGCUAUUAGCAUGGUAGACACAAUUAAACUUUUAAGGCAGAGUUUUGGAAUUAAAGCUAAAAUUUUAAAAUAAAUCAAAAACAUUGAUAAACAAGCUGUUUACUGCUAGUUUAGUGCAUCAAUCCAUUGUCUGCUUUUGAUUUAGUCUUUGGUUCUUGAUUUCUAUGCUGCACUGUGUCAAUAACUUUACUUUUUUAGAGCAGUUCUAUUAAUCUCUUUCAAAUACUAUUUGCUUAUACUAAUCAGAAUGUAAGAUUUAAUGGGUUUGAUAUUUGUUUCAACUGGUGAUGGUCCCCCUAAAGUAUUGUAUUAGUACUUCAAAACUUACUUAUGUACAGUUUCAUUAAUUAAUUAUAUUUUUUAGGCUGUUGAAGGUUUAUCAAUUGAUUUUUUUUUUAUCUGGUGGAGACAUUUAACCAUUUUGUUUUUGCCACAAAAAAAAAUUGAACUUGUCUGUUUUGAAAAAUGAAAUCAAAAGUGAAUGAUCACCUAGUCUUUGAAAGUUCAAAAUAUUUGUACUACUUUAUUGAUGUCAUGUACUCACAUAAUAUUUGUGUGUUAGUGUUUGUCUUAACAUGUUGAUGUUGUUUUGUGAUAUCUAUAUCAACAUUGUCUCUUGUUGGUGGGGUAUGCAAGACAUUGGUUCUAUGCUGUUGGUAAAAAUUUCUCAUCCUUCAUUGACUUCCAAUGUACUCCACCUUGCACUUAGAGUGUUUUAUGGAGUGCUAGAAAUCUAAAAAGUAUCCCAGUCAUAAUAGAAGAUUUUUAAAACUUACCACAUUUAGAGCAUUUCAUUUUUACUUUGCUCUUUUUUUUUUUAUUGUGUAUGUUCUUAAUUGUAAUCAACAUCUGACAGUGCUACAUAAUGUUUUAUUUAAUGACUGAGCAUAAUGCUUAAUUUGAUUUUAAUGUGGCUAAGAUUCAAGAAACAUGUUUAUAAGUUCAUUGCUAAAAACACCUGGUGCAGAGUCCAUGUGUAUUUAAUCUCUGAAUGAAAUGGGACUAACAAUGACUUUCAAAAUAGGGAUGUCAUUUGUUUCUCAAAUGUUAGUAGCAUAGAAAACAUGGACUGUGUGGUCUAUUUAUCUUAAUGUGUGUUUGAUGUAUUGUAAGUGAUCAUAUGUAACAGUUAUGGGUAUAGAGAAUAAAAUACAAAAUAUUUAA